AUGCCGUUAAAACGUAUACUUUCAAAUCAAUUUAAAACUGAACGACAACGUUCACAAAAUUCCGAUAUUGAAUUAACAGAAGAAUUACAUCGAACUUCUAUUAAUAGAAAUCAAUCAUCGCCUGAUAUACAUGAACAAAGUGAUAGAAUACCACCAUUGAUGACUAGCAAUACUCCAGUGUAUGUAACUGAAGAUCGGCAUCGUGCACGUCGACGUUCAUCAGUUCAGAUUCUUGAUAUAAAACUUAUUCAAUCACUAUCAAAUCAAUCGACGUCGUUGCCAGUCGAAGAUAAUGAUUCUCGUGUUGCUGAAAAUAAAUCAGACGACUUUUGUGAGUUGUAA